UGACCUUGUUAGUCAAUAAAGGGCUAUAAGAUGGGGAGGCAGAGCUCCCCAUCCCGCCCCUCUCUGCCCCUGUCUCCCCAGUUCCCCUCUCCUGGGUGUCUCUGUGACUCUCCUGUUGCAGUGACCACUUGUGUCGCAUGCUCAGUGCAGGGGCUGGGAGCCAGGAUGCCUGGAUUCUGUUUCUGCGUUUGCCACUGACUCGCUGGGUGACCUUGCACAAGUCAUUCCAUGCCUCCGGUCCCCAGUUUCCCCAGCUCUAAGAAGCCCGUGAAGCACUCUGAGAGUGCAACUUAUAAUUCACAUUAGAGUGUUAUGCUUGUGAACUUUAGUAGGGUUGUGGAUCAGGGCACCUAGAGCUUCAAAUGAGCAUCUUUUAUUAUAUAAAUUGAAAUAAAUCAAUUGGGAAAUUCCCCAAGCAACAUCCACAGAAAAGCAGCUGCUAGUCAGACUGUUAAGUAUGCAGUGCUGUGCCAAUGUUGCUUUACAUUAUUGUAUCUCUGGAAUAUCUUUUCUGUGCAAUGUUAAGGUUGCAAUUUAAAUAGCCUUGUUUUGUUUUGCGCAUUUAUCAUUUUGCUUCUAGAGGUGAUAAGGGAAGUUAUUUGACCAGGGUCACACAAUGAGCUAGUAUGUGAGCUGCGAAUAGAACCCAGGAGUCCUGAGCCACCAGAGCAGGAGACAAUACUUCCUCCUAAGUGGGAUGUGCCAGGUGGCCUGGUCUGAGCUGCUUGAGCAUUUCCUGGUGCUCUUAGCUGGUGUUUGCAGAAAUUGGUCAUGUCGCAUGCUGCAAAACAGCUGGCUGCUGGCAUCUUACAUGCCACCGGCAAAGGCCAGCAUGGAAACUUCCUGGUCGCCAUCAAGCAGGAGAAGGGGGAAGUUCCCCGGACCAGCAGCGAGAAGCCCCAUGGCGAGGAGGAGCCAGUGAAGAAGAGGGGCUGGCCCAAAGGGAAGAAGAGGAAGAAGAUUCUGCCCAACGGCCCCAAGGCCCCAGUGACCGGCUACGUCCGCUUCCUGAAUGAGCGCCGUGAGCAGAUCCGCAUGCAACAUCCUGACCUGCCCUUCCCAGAAAUCACCAAGAUGCUAGGAGCCGAAUGGAGCAAACUGCAGCCCACAGACAAACAGAGGUACCUGGAUGAGGCAGAGCGCGAGAAGCAGCAGUACAUGAAGGAGCUGCGGGAGUACCAGCAGUCGGAGGCCUACAAGAUGUGCACGGAGAAGAUCCAGGAGAAGAAGAUCAAGAAAGAGGAUGCUGGUUCUGUGUCUGUGAACACUCUGCUGAACGGGCACCCGCACAAGGGCGGGGACUGCUGCGGGGAUGGCUUCUCCACGUUUGAUGUGCCCAUCUUCACUGAGGAGUUCUUGGACCAGAACAAAGCGCGGGAGGCCGAGCUGCGGCGCCUGCGGAAGAUGAACACGGAGUUCGAGGAGCAGAACGCUAUCCUGCAGAAGCACACGGAGAGCAUGAGCUGCGCCAAAGAGAAGCUGGAGCAGGAGCUGGUGCUGGAGGAGAGGCAGACGCUGGCCCUGCAGCAGCAGCUCCAGUCCGUCCGGCAGGCCCUGACCACCAGCUUCGCUUCUCUCCCCAUCCCAGGCACCGGAGAGACCCCCACGCUGGGCACCCUGGAUUUCUACAUGGCCAAACUGCACAGCGCCAUCGAGAGCAACCCGCUCCAGCACGAGAAGCUGGUCGUGCGCAUCAAGGAGAUCCUCUCCCGGAUAGCCAGUGAACACUUAUGAAAGGCCUGGUGUGUCCUGCGGCCCAGCGCUGACUCAGACUGGGACCCUCAGCCACCUCCUCCCACCCGCCCUGACACCUGGAAUCCGCUGGAGCCUUGCGGCUCAGCACCUCCGCUUUGCACAGAUCUUUGCUGGAGAAGGUCCUUUGAAAGGGUUGAGUAACUCUUGGUCCUUCCAUGCAGCUGAGAACUGUGGGCCAGGCCUCUGUGGAGUCUUGGGGGGCAGGCUGCCAAGCAGGGACAGCAAGGCAGCUUGCAGGGUCACUUCUCGGCUCCUCCUGAGCCCCUGGCUCGCUGACUGCCAGGUCUAGGGCUUAGUGCAGUGCCCGGGCGGUAUGACUGGAUGUGCUGCAGGCUCCGCGUGCCCCAUUGCAAACUGGCCCUCCGUUCUCCAGCGAGGCCCCAAGAUUGUGCAGCGAUGCUGGAAAUCCUGCAGCAGCUGCAUUAAAUUAAACCACACAGCCUUAAAGCUGACCAGAAGCUGCCCCUGGCCGCUCACUGUGACAGUAAAUCAGGUGUGUCUCGGGCUGGCCCCACCCUCCAGUUGUCAAAGUGAUGGAGAAGUCUGUCUUGCCAAGGCAGGGCAGAAGUGCUCGUCGCUGGGAGGGUGCUGGUGUAGACCAGGCACUGCUGUCCUUACCCAUGUCACCUAGACCUGUGCUGAGCAGAAGAGGACACAGCAAUGAUAAUGCCACUGUCCUGCCCAUGUUACGCAACCUCCCCUAGAGCUGCAAAAAUAGAUGGGUUCCUCCUUCCCCCCCCC